UUUAAGAGAUGUCAAUUUUCAUAUCGUUCCUUUUUUGAAAUGAUUUCUUCGUGGUUUUCUUUUUAUCGCCGAGCACAUGCGGUUUUGUUAAUUGAGUUUAUAUUGGGAAUACUUUGGCUGUUUUUAGGUUGUUAAUCUGCAGUAAGCAAAAUGCCGAAAGUUCGGGCAGAGAAAAAGUCCCGUGUCCACAGCGAUGUCGUCAAACAAGGAAUCGUAUUCAACAAGGACUUCGGACAGCACAUUCUAAAGAACCCAUUGAUAGUCACAUCGAUGCUGGAGAAAGCAGCCCUUCGUCCAACGGAUGUAGUUCUUGAAAUUGGUCCUGGUACCGGUAACAUGACGGUGAAGAUUUUGGAGAAGGUCAAAAAAGUGGUGGCUUGUGAAAUUGAUCCCCGUUUGGUUGCCGAACUGCAAAAACGAGUGCAAGGAACCCCGUUACAGUCCAAGCUACAGAUCAUGAUUGGUGAUGUGCUCAAGGCGGAUUUGCCGUUUUUCGAUGCAUGCGUUGCCAACAUGCCGUACCAGAUUAGCUCCCCAUUCGUAUUCAAACUACUCUUGCAUCGCCCGUUUUUCCGUUGUGCGGUUCUGAUGUUUCAACAGGAGUUUGCCCAACGGCUGGUAGCGAAGCCAGGGGACAAACUAUACUGCCGUUUGAGUGCUAAUACUCAACUCCUGGCCCGAGUAGACAUGUUGAUGAAAGUAGGCAAGAACAACUUUCGACCACCGCCGAAAGUCGAGUCCAGCGUGGUACGCAUUGAACCUCGCAAUCCUCCGCCACCGAUAAACUACACCGAAUGGGAUGGGCUAACGCGGAUUGCUUUUCUACGAAAGAAUAAAACUCUGGCAGCUGCUUUCAAGCAGACUACCGUUCUAACUAAUCUAGAGCAGAACUACAAAAUGCACUGCUCCUUGAAAAAUAUCGACGUACCAGAAGGAUUCAGUAUCAAGGAAAUGGUGGAAAAAAUAUUGGAUAAAAUUGGUGCCGGUAGCAAACGUGCGAGAACGAUGGACAUUGAUGAUUUCAUGAUGGUUCUGCACGCUUUCAACGCGGAGGGAGUUCACUUCCGAUAAAUACUUUUAAGAGACUUUUUUUAAAGGUUUAAUACAUUUUCCUCGUUACGAUUAUUUCAACAAAA